UAUCUUUUCUCCAACCACAUAUUCCCAACUGCACAAAACAAAGCCAUGCCCUUCCCUAUUUUCUAUCCAUCCAACACAACAACUUACACAACAUACUAUAUUAUAUUACUUCACUUACUACAACAGUGUACAACUUGUUGUACUUAGCUUUUCUUCCGUUAAUUAUAACAAUAAUUAAAUAAUUAAAAAAAGCAAAAAAAGCAAGAGAGAAGAAAUGCUAAGCAAGGAAUCGAGUGGAUCCACCUUCGAUCUACACGAGGAGGUUUUGCAAGUGUUGCCGUCUGAUCCUUUCGAGCAACUCGAUGUGGCCCGCAAAAUCACUUCCCUUGCUCUCUCCACACGUGUCUCCGCUCUCGAAUCUGAGUCUUCUGCUCUACGCGCUCAGCUUGCCGAGAAGGACUCCGUCAUCGCCGACCUCCAAGCACAAAUUGAAUCCUUUGACUCUUCUCUCUCCGACAUCACCAAUAAACUCUCCCAGGCCCAGCUCGAAAAGGAGAACUUGAUUAAAGAUAACGCAUAUUUGGCCAACACCGUUAAGAAGCUACAGAGAGAUGUCUCCAAGUUGGAGAUUUUUAAAAAAACUCUUAUGCAAUCACUUCAAGACGAUGAAGAAACAACCUCGACUAGAGCUACACACAUCAUUGCCAAGCCCACGCCCAAUGAAGAUGAUGCCACCCUCCUGCGUUCAAGAUCUUCUCCAAUGAAGAGCCAGUUUUCAGAAACAGGGAUUUCUUCAUUUAAUGAGGAUCGUGAGACAGAUGCCUCAAGACCUGGCAUAUCUCACAGGCUUCUGCUAGCAUCCCAAACAAGCACACCUAGGCUAACUCCUCUUGGGUCCCCUCCAAGUCUAUCAGCUUCUGUAUCUCCCACAAGAACAUCUAAACCAGUUUCUCCAAGACGACACUCAAUUUCAUUUUCUACCACAAGAGGCAUGUUUGAUGAUAGGUCAUCUAUAUUUUCUUCAAGCCCAUACAGUUCCGUAAAGGGCUCUGACACAGGACCACAUACUGGGCGAACUCGAGUUGAUGGGAAAGAAUUCUUCCGCCAAGUCAGGAGCCGAUUAUCAUAUGAGCAGUUUGGUGCGUUUCUGGCUAAUGUUAAGGAAUUGAAUUCACAUAAACAGACAAGAGAAGAGACUCUGCGGAAGGCUGAUGAGAUUUUUGGUCCAGAAAACAAGGACCUUUAUGCAAUAUUUGAGGGAUUGAUCACCAAAAAUGCCCACUGAACUUUUUUCUGUAAAGUAACUCAUAAUUCAAGUGCAUUGACACUUCGUAUGAAUAAUCUUGUAAUUUAUAUUGUA